AUGAAACAAACGUUUUCUAGAAUAUGUUUAUAAGGAACCGAAACGUAUGCAGUUUUAUUUUUAUGUUGCUUCAUAACAUUUAACGAACAAUGCAUAUUUUUACAAUUUGUAUUCUUAGAGCUGAAAAUGAUGAACAUUUAUAUGCGUUUACGUAACAAGACGAAAUCUUGUGCGGCAGAGCAGAAUCGCUCUUGCAUCAUGAAAAACUGAGAAAUGUUUGAGAACCACUGAGAAGGCACGAGGAUCGUAGCGGUAGCGAUUUCAUCAUUUAUCGAUCUCUGUUUUUCCGUGAAAUUCCGAAAAAUGGCAUCGAUUGUGGCACCGGUUGCACUGAGAUUCACUCGUAUCACGAUUGACAGUUUGCACAAUAUCAAUAAAAAUAUUUUACUUAGGUUAUCGCAACAAUCGUAUAUUUCACGACAAAGACAGGAAUACAGUACGAUUACAGAGGAAAAAAAGUCUGAUAGUGGAGAACAGAAUUCCCCGUUGUCGGAUCCCACGGAAACUGAGAAAAAAUUGAAAGCAGAUCUCGAACUAAUUAAUAAAGAAUUAACAGAUCUAAGAAGUAGUAAGAGUGAGUUAGAGGACAAAUACAAAAGAGCGCUCGCGGAUGGGGAGAAUCUUAGGAUUAGAUUAAUGAAACAAAUUGAUGAUGCAAAAUUAUUUGGUAUUCAAAGUUUCUGUAAAGAUUUGUUAGAAGUAGCAGAUAUCUUGGGCAAAGCUACGGAGAGUGUACCAAAAGAUGAACUAACGAAUGAGAAUCCACAUUUAAAAACAUUAUACGAGGGUUUAACGAUGACUGAAGCACAGCUACAUAAAGUGUUUAAGAAGCAUGGUUUAGUAUCACUGAAUCCAAUGAACGAAAAGUUUGAUCCUAAUCAACAUGAAGCAUUAUUUCAACAGGAAGUUGAAGGUAAAGAGCCAGGAACAGUUGUAGUUGUAUCUAAACUGGGAUAUAAAUUGCAUGAACGAGUAGUGAGACCAGCAUUAGUUGGUGUUGCUAAAGGAUAAUUUAUUGUUUUGUAUUAAUUAAAUAAAAGAGGAAUGAGAACAUAAUCCUUGGAAUCAAGAUAUAAUCCAUUGAUUCAAAUGUUAAUGAUAAUUAAAAUUGAAAAGUAAACUACAGAAAAUGAAUGUUAUAAAUUAAUGUGUUGAAUGUGAGUAUAGAACAUACUGAUUUUAUGAUAAGUAUAUUUGUUCUCACCAAGAAUUAUUUGAUACUAGUUGAUCAUUUCAAAAUAAAUGUAACAAUUUUGAUGUUUUAUAUAAUAGAUUUAUGUAUACAUGCA